AUGCCGCUGAUCGAGCUGGCGGCUGUACGCCUGCAUCCUUCAAUUGCCUUUGGCCUUCCUGAUUCAUUUAUCGCAACCUGGACUAACGCCUGCAACCUCGCCACUUCUGCUGCCAAUGGAGUUCCUUUUCAACUUUACCAUUCCGUUACUCCGACUAGUAAGGAUGUGUACUAUCUGGUCGGCGGCUGGCAGAGCGGAAACGACCAUAUUGCGUUCCUCUCAACUCCCGAUGCGGUAACCCUGGCCAGAAGUAUUGGCGAAUACAUGACUGUUGGCAUCGUGCGGCAUGUUGAUGGAAAUAUCAGUGCUCUGUACCAAGACCAUGGAGGAAGGCCCCGGGGACUGAGGGCCACAAUUUACAAAGUGCCUGAAUCAGUGGUUGACAACUGGGCGACGAAGUGGAACAACAGCCGACUUGCAGCUGCCGGAGCCGGCGGAUGGGACAUGAGCGGAUCGGUACAGAAACAGCACAAGGCCUUCAAAAGCAUGGGCGAGGCGACCAAUAGCGCUGCCGCAUUCGGCCGGAAAGACGAGGGCGGGAGCAAAGCCUGGGUCUGGCUCGAGAGCCUUGGGAGGGCUGGAGAGAUCGAAGGAUCUCAACACCCUUUGGAGGGGUUUGAUAACAUCGACGCUGAAGUGUUUGAGAUGGAAUAUGUAUUGGGAUAG